AGCAAGAUUUGGGAGAUGGAUUAACUAAUCAUGCCCAUAAAUGGUUCAUUUGAUUAACGAACUAGCUCGAAAUAGUAUCCAAUGUUCUUCGCAAACUCACAAUUUUCCUCGACACAUUAAUGAAGUCGUUGAGGUGACACGUUUUCCGGUCGCUUACAGGCUUGCCGCAUGUUAAUAAGGAAAAACUCGUCACCGCGAGCAGUAAGCUGUUAACAUGCGCUUCGGUCCGGUUUCGUCUUUACUACGUUUUGCGUAAUCGCGUUUCAUCGUCCUGAGAAGAGAUAUCAGUUACGUUUCAUCUCUCCUCUACGUCACGUCGCUUACAUUCUGCAGGUUAUGCAGAAAACUGCAUCAAUUAGUCGUCUUCUAUUGCUGAUAAUCGUUAUCAAGAAAGUGUAGAUAAGGUUUUUUUUGUUACGGUUCUCUUAUAUACUUCAAGAAUUUCGAUUACUCUUAUUAACCCUUGAUAAUAGAAAUCCACCUAAAAAAUAUCACAUUGGGAAUCAAUGCACUCCAUUUCGAUCGCUGCGAUCGACAAUAGCGAUCAAAACACAAUCGUGUUUUACCUGAUGCUUUCGCACAUGCAAGUAUAUUAUGAUAACAGCUACUCAAUAUGCACAUUAUCAGCACGAGCCUUUCUCACACACGCCACAUUCUUCCAAGUAAUGGUUCAAGAUGUGCCACACGUCUAUGCAAUGUCAUCGUUCAUGUUGGGUUUGGGGGAAGGUUAAGUAGCUGAUUGUACACGCUAAUAUCUAUUUACAAACAAUCUACCCAUCUCGCUGACCAUUCGGUUCGGGUUUGUCUGAGUUUCACGACGCUUCAUUACGUACUGGUCCACCGGACAGUACGCAUCUUCGCUGGUAAGUAUAUUCGCUUUCUGUGGAAUUUCUCAACCAAAAUCACAAAUGGAUGCUACCGAAAGUAGCAAAUUAAGUGAUGGCAUCGAUGCUCCCAUGUGGAUGUUCUGGAGACGGCGCCGAUAUGUGCUGGUGUUUUUGGCAUUUUUUGGAUUUUUUAACGUGUACUCGUUGCGUGUUAAUCUGAGUGUUGCGAUUGUGGCCAUGACAGAGAAUCGCACCGUACAGUACCCCAACGGAACAGUCAGCUAUGAACAAGAAUUCGCUUGGGACUCCACCACAAAAGGAUACAUUCUGAGUUCCUUCUUCUAUGGGUACAUCUUUACGCAACUUAUUGGUGGCUACAUCUCCAACGCACUCGGUGGAAACUAUGUUUUUGGUGUUGGCGUUGGUGUCACAGCGCUGUUGACACUCUUGACACCACUCGCAGCUCACGGUGGCUUUGGAUGGCUCAUCGCGGUACGUGCAACUGAGGGUUUCUUCGAGGGUGUAACCUUCCCGUGCAUCCACGCCAUCUGGUCUAAUUGGGCACCACCGAGCGAACGAUCGCGAAUGGCUACGAUCGCUUUUUCCGGUGUGUUUACCGGUACCGUAGCGUCGAUGCUGCUGAGCGGUGUACUCGCGGACACACUCGGUUGGGAGUGGGUAUUCUACAUUCUCGGUGCCUUCGGAUGUUUCUGGUUUGUGGCGUGGAUGGUGAUCGUGAAGAAGUCCCCCGAAACAGAUCCCUACAUCACCACCAAAGAGAAAGAGUUCAUACUUGCCACGCUGCAACGUUCAGCUGCACCAGUCGAGAAGGUUCAACAUCCCUGGCGUGGCAUCCUAACGUCCAAAGCCGUCUGGGCGCUAAUUGUGUCGAGUUUCUCGGAAAAUUGGGGAUUCUAUACGCUCCUUACACAACUGCCCACAUUCCUGAGAGAUACGAUGCACUUUGAGCUGCAAGCGGCCGGAUUCCUUUCGGCCCUGCCAUACCUCGUGAUGGGUUUACUGCUUAGCGUCGCCGGAUAUCUGGCUGAUCUUUGCCAGAUCCGGCGCUGGCUCACGACAACACAGGUACGCCGGUACUUCAACUGUGGUGCCUUUCUGGCCCAAACCGUCUUUAUGCUCGUGGGUGCCUUCAUCCUGCGGCCCGGUCCCACCCUCACCUGCAUCACGAUCGCCGUCGGUUGUGGUGCUUUCGCCUGGUGCGGAUUCGCCGUCAACCAUCUCGACCUCUCGCCGAAAAGUGCCGGCGUGCUGAUGGGUAUUUCCAACACCUUCUCCACCAUUGCCGGCAUUCUCACGCCCAUCGUGUCCGGGCAGCUGACGGCAAGUGGGAGCGAGAACGAGUGGCGUACAGUAUUCUACAUUGCCGCCGGGAUCUAUCUGAUCGGUUGCGUCACCUAUUGGUUCGGGGUAUCCGGCGAACUGCAACCGUGGUCGAUUGAAGCACGGGAAAAAGAACGUAACCAGCGCAAGGAUGGUGGGAGCGGGUAUGUAAACGAAGGACUGCAGCUGGAUCAGAAGCCCUAAGAAGUGUGGAGG